AUGAGGGCGACGUAUGUCUUGUCACCAGCGAUGGACGUGAUCGUGGCCAGACCUGGACGGCGGCCAGCGUGCUGCACCGCGGACCUGCACCGCUCCGACCACGCAUUCCCCUCGCCGGUGCGGGCCCUCGCCCCCGCUGAUCCUGGACAAGGAGAUCCGGGCCGUGUUCCUGCGUUCGCUCAGCUGCUGCAGGGCUACCGCAACUGCCUGACCCUCAUCCGCAUACACCCGUCGCCGGUCAUCACCUUCCACAAGGCGUCUUUCCUGGGCCAGCGGUCCCUGGUCGACUGCGCGUUCACCGCCCGCCUGCUUGACUGCAUGUUCUUCACGGCGUUCAUCACGGAGCGCGGCCCGCCGUGGCGACCGUGUGACAUCUUCGACGAGGUGUACUGUGGCAUCGCCGACCAGGUCCGCCAGGAGGCCGGCGACCGCUCGCUCACCGUCGCCCACCUGCAGGAGCUGGCGCAGCAUCUCUACAACAACGAGAGCCCCAGCCAGCAGCCGUACGUGGAGAAGAUCCCGCGCCCCACCGAGGGCUCGUUCCGGCGCAUCCACCAGCCGGUGUUCCCCACCCUGCAGCCGGAUGUCGUGCACCGCGUCAUCGAAGAGGGCAGGCAAGCCAACCUCAAGCAGAGCGUGCGGGAGGCGCCCGGGCCGACGCUGGGCUGGCGGCGCGUUCCACAGCUGGGUCUGGUGCUGGACCGGUCUGUUCUCAGGGGGCCUGGUGCCGGCGGCCUGUUCUCAGCGGGUCUGGCGCCGGGGCGCGAACGCAAGCUGCUGCGCACGUGCAGGAGGCGCAGUGGGGCCGUGGUGAAGCACGCGGCGCACAAGGAGAAGCCCGUGCACCUGGUGCAGCGCAGAAACGCCCCCAGAUUGAGCAAGGUGGUGCCGCUGGAGAGCAGAGGAAAGCGAAUCAGCAAAGUGAAGACGUUGCAUAAGGCGAUUGAGUACAUCGACCAUCUGCGGCAGCUGUUAGCAGCCGAUGACGUCAGUCGAGGUCACGUGAACGGUGCGACGCUGGACUCCAGCGGCGACAAGGAGAACUCCUGGUGCGCACCGCCUCAGGUGUACGCCGAUGACUACUACCCGCCGCAGCCGCACGCGUACAGCAUGCAGUACACCAUCAUGACGGACUACACGCCCGGCCAGUGAGAGCUGGCAGUCCAGGUCCGCAAGAUACGCUUCGUCUUCAGUUGGUAUCCGUCCACUAAAUGACCGUCCGCAUCUUGCCGUGUUAGUGUUGUGCUCGGAGAAAACCGCAAACGUUGCGGCGAUAUGUUUGGGCGUGGGUGGAAGAGCUUUACUUGCUAGUCAUUUACACAUGGCUCGUCUGUUGGAGUGUGUGCAAAAUGCCCCAUAGAUCAGGCUUACGAAUUCGAGCCAUCGAGCGUGCGAGCCGUCUUGCUUGUGCACGCGUCACAGUGCGGUGUGUUUGCUCGUCUCUCCGGCCGUCGACGGAGGCGUGGCGGCGACGGUCCGGCUUCCCGGGCUUCCGGCGCUGCCCUCCAGUCUCAAUACAUGCGUGCUGGCG